UCUCCCAAACACCCAGUAACUCCAUGAGCAACCAUUGUAGCUAACCUGAAUGUAGCAGGAGCUCGGAGUGGGAGACUGGCAAGAAUAAAGUGUCAAGCGACGGGAAGCGUGGAGCUGGGAAGAGAGAUAAAGAGGUCGAUGAGGUCGUUCAAUACCCGAGAAAGAGUUAUGCGAGUUGAAAUGAAGCUGUUGGCGAAAUUUCUCUGAGCGCAGUCCUGAUUGUCUGUGAUGUUGAGAGGGAAAAUGGUGAUUGAUGGUUAUUACUUGAGGCAGCAAGGUCCAACGCGUGUCGCCCGAUCGGGAAUGGCCUUGGCACUUGGCUGAUCCCCGGCUAUUAUAAUUGGCUAACGCGCUUACUGCGGUAAACUCUACGGGAAUCUCAACACCGGAGAGGAUAGCCAGAAGAGGCGUUCAAAAAUAUCCAGUCUAUUUUGCGUAUCUUGAGGCGAGGUCAUCGUCUUCCCUAAUUAUGUCUUGUUUGUGUACUGCGUAAACCGUAGUUGCAUCCGUUUGCCUCCGCCUUCUCUUCCCAGAUGCCUUGUGUGCGGCUGUUUUGGCCCGAGGUGACUUCCCAGACUGCCCCAUGUUUACUAGGCCCGCCUCCCCACGCACCCCUGGCUAAUCACGAUUCCUACACCAAGCUCAACUGUCACUGAAACCAACCAUAUACGCUCCCCGGAGAGGGCGAGACAGAUAUGGCAGACUCCCCACCGCCACCACCAUCCUGGAAUUUUAGUACAAUGGCUGGGAAUGUGGUGCAGUUUCUCAGACUCCCGGUUCUGGCGUCGUCUGGCCUGGCCAUUAUCGCCAGUGGCAUGCUCUAUUUCAAGCAAAACGAAAUAAUUUAUCCUCGCAAUGUUCCUCUUGGGUCACGCGCCGAAGUUCCUAAACCGUCGGAGUUUGGGAUGAACGACUACGAGGACCUUCGAAUCCCAACCCCUGACGGGGAAUCUCUCGCUGCGCUGUUUAUUCGCCCGUCUAAUAAGCGCCAUUCUAAGCCUAAAAUAACCGUCCUCAUGUUCCACGGUAAUGCAGGAAAUAUCGGCCACCGUCUCCCCAUCGCGCAGGUCUUGGAGCAGUCUCUGAACUGCAAUAUUUUCAUGCUCGAAUAUCGCGGUUAUGGCCAGUCGACAGGGACUCCGGAUGAACAGGGCCUGAAAAUUGACGCCCAAACAGGUUUGGAUUAUAUACGGCAGCGUGCGGAGACGAGCGAUACAAAAGUUCUAAUCUACGGCCAGAGUAUUGGUGGUGCGGUCGCGAUCGAUUUAACUGCGAAAAAUCAACAUCGAGGGGAUAUAGCAGGAUUGAUACUGGAGAACACGUUCUUGAGCGUUCAAAAGAUGAUCCCAAGUGUCUUCCCUGCUGCAAAAUACGUUGUUCGCCUUUGUCACCAAUACUGGGCUAGCGAGGAUACGCUGCCCAAGAUCACAAAGGUCCCGAUCCUGUUCCUGAGUGGGCUCAUGGAUGAGAUUGUCCCCCCUGAGCAUAUGGCCCAGCUUUUUUCGAUCUGCAAAUCUAGUACAAAAGUCUGGCGAACUUUCCCAAAUGGACAGCAUAAUGAUACAGUUGCGGAACCGGGGUACUUCGACUAUAUCUACUCUUUUGUUGUGGAUCACGUUCUAGAUGAUUGAGCUAGCCUAACUGCUCUUUUUAACGAUCUGAUAUAAACGUGCGGCCAUCCUGGAAUGGACCUGAAAUGGCAGUUACAUACCGUCAAAGCUGUUCUGGGCGGAAGGGAAUAUUCGCUGGAACAAGGUGUAACAGACAAUCCCGUAGCGAAAGGCACAGCUACUUUAUCCGGACGAGGCACGAAAGACAAAUGCUCAACAGCUUUCCAGUAAUGCUAUGUUGGAUUGAUCGAACCCCUUUUCUAUGUCUAGCGCCCUUCCCUAUGUGAUAUAAAAACACAUAUUGCCCCCCACAUCGCUUCUUGUAAUAAUGGCAUGAUUUUUAGUUUAUUUUUUGAUCCUAUCUCUAUUUCUCUUUCCCAUCGCAUCCAAUUUAUGCCUGAAUCCUCUUCUCAUGUAUGUCUAAGAUACCCUUUCAAAAAAAUUUCAAGGUUUUGCACGUCUCCAAUAUUGGCCCUCCCAACAACACAAAAUAUAAACUUGUCAGGGGGCAGUAUAGUGCCACCUAUCUACGGUUUUACAGAUAGUCACUGGGAUCAAAUCGCAUGCCUUUCCCAUCGAAACACUAAGGUACCUAGCGACAGUUUGUAUGCAGACACGAAGCCUGCACCGUUGUGCCUUUGGCCGAGGUUUUAAAAAGCUCAUAGAACAGGCAUAGGCUUGAUCCCAAGCCACCGAGCCAAAUAAGGCAGCUAGU